AACACACGAGUGUCAGAUCAUCCGAGCUGCUCUGCUCUCGCUUCUGUUCAGUUUUCACAAACUCUGGAUUUGUUUCUAUCCUUUUUUUUUUUUUUUUUUUUUUUUUUUUUAAACACUCUCUCUGUUGUGCACAGCGGGGAUGGCCGAGCCCAGCAGGAUCUUGAUUAAAGGAGGUAAAGUUGUGAAUGAAGACUGCUCCGUGAUCAGCGACGUCUACAUCGAAAACGGUAAAAUAGUGGAGGUCGGACUGAAUCUGCAGAUCCCGGAGGGAGUGCGCGUCAUCGAUGCCACCGACAAACUGGUGCUGCCGGGCGGCAUCGACACGCACACGCACAUGGAGCUGAUGUUCAUGGGCACCAAGGCUGUGGACGACUUCUAUAUCGGAACCAAGGCCGCCCUAGCAGGAGGGACAACAAUGAUCAUGGACUUUGUCAUCCCCCAUAGGGGCAAGUCUCUCCUGGAGGCCUACGACUCCUGGCGAAAGACAGCUGACCCCAAAGUUUGCUGCGACUACUCGCUGCAUGUCGCUGUGACAUGGUGGAGCGACGAGGUCAAAAAAGAGAUGCAGACGAUCACCAAAGAGAAGGGGGUCAAUUCCUUUAAGAUGUUUAUGGCCUAUAAAGAUGUGUUCAUGCUGGAGGACUCUGAGCUGUACGCUGCCUUCUCCCAGUGCAAGGAGGUCGGAGCCAUAGCUCAGGUGCAUGCCGAGAAUGGAGACCUGAUCGCAGAGGGGGCUAAGAAGAUGCGGGCUCUGGGCAUCACGGGUCCAGAGGGCCAUGAGAUGUGUCGGCCGGAGGAGGUGGAGGCCGAGGCCACCCAGCGAGCCAUCACCAUCGCCCACGCUGUCAACUGCCCGCUGUAUGUGGUCCAUGUCAUGAGCAAAUCUGCUGCAAAGGUGGUGUCUAACGCACGCAGAGAUGGGCGUGUGGUGUUCGGGGAGCCUAUUGCAGCUGGACUGGGCACCGACGGCACUCACUGCUGGCAUAAAGACUGGGCCCAUGCUGCCGGCUUCGUCAUGGGUCCUCCCCUCAGACCUGACCCCAGCACCCCUGGGUACCUCAUGGACCUACUGGCCAAUGAUGAUCUCAGUGUGACGGGGACGGACAACUGCACCUUCUCUGUGUGCCAGAAGGCUCUCGGCAAAGACGACUUCACCAAGAUCCCAAACGGAGUGAACGGAGUGGAGGACAGGAUGUCUGUCAUCUGGGAGAAAGGAGUGCACAGCGGCAAAAUGGACGAGAAUCGAUUUGUAGCCGUCACCAGCAGCAACGCAGCAAAAAUCUUCAACUUCUACCCGCAGAAAGGCCGCAUCGCCAAGAACUCGGACGCCGACGUGGUUAUAUGGGACCCUAAGAUGACAAGGAGGAUAUCAGCCAAGACCCACCACCAGGCCGUGGACUACAACAUCUUUGAGGGCAUGGAGUGCCAUGGUGUCCCUGUUGUCACAAUCUCCAGAGGCAAAGUGGUCUAUGAGGAUGGGCAGCUAAAGGUGUCAGCAGGACAUGGCAAAUUCAUCCACAGGAAGCCCUUCUCUGAAUUGGUUUACAAAAGAAUCCGGCAAAGGGAUCAGGUGGGGCAACCUACAGCUGUGAUCAGAAAGCCCUAUGAAGGCAAAGUCAUCUCUGUAUGAACAACUGGCCCAAAACAUGAAAGGCAAGACUUCUCUGCAAGUCCUACAUACAUUAUGCAGCCAAAUCACUGUGAGGAGUAAAGGCGGCGAAGUUGAUGUUUAGGUCAACAACAUUAAGGUGAAUGUUCUGUUGGCAGAUAAUACCUCUAAUUUUUUAUAUUUGUUCAACUGUGUGAGGUUUGGAGGUCAGCUGUGCUCAGCACACAGUUUGGUAGAACCCGCUGUGCUGCUGAAAAUGAUAUGUUCUCUAACAUACAUUAUGCAAUCAAGUAAUUAACUGCAAGGAAUGAUAAUAGGGCUUAUGCGUGAUUUCAUGGUUACAAAAAGUGUUGUGAUUUGAAAAAAAGGAUCUUUCAUCACUUUAAAGUUUUUACAUAAUUGUGUCAUCAUUUUUAAAAACUGGCUUUAGUUGUGAAUUCAGUUGCAUAAUUCUUCUUUUACUGGGCUUUUUUUGUUGAAAUUUCUCCAUUUUGUCUUAAUGUUUGUUGCCAUUGGUAACCCAAAAGCAUCUUUCCCUUUGAUAUACUAUUCAUUAAAAUGACAAGAUUUACUUCACUGA